CCGCUCCGCGUGCAGCCAGUGACUGCUGCUGCUGUCUCGCGGCGUUUGGAGAUCCUGUACGCGCGCUGUAUGGAUGCUGAAUCUUCGGCGCUGCUGUAAACGCGACGGAAUCAACAUGUCCAACCCUCCGCACGACCCGUUCUACUCGUCCCCUUUCGGACCGUUCUACCGGAGGCAUUCACCGUACAUGGUGCAGCCUGAGUACAGGAUCUAUGAGAUGAACAAACGACUUCAGUCCCGGACAGAGGAGAGUGAUAGUCUGUGGUGGGAUGCGUUUGCUACAGAGUUCUUUGAGGAGGAUGCUACAUUGACCCUCUCCUUCUGUUUGGAGGAUGGACCAAAAAGAUACACAAUCGGGCGGACCCUCAUCCCUCGUUACUUCAGCACGGUAUUUGAAGGUGGCGUGUCAGACCUCUACUACAUCCUGAAACACUCCAAAGAGUCCUUCCACAACUCCUGCAUCACUGUGGACUGCGACCAGUGCACCAUGGUCACACAGCACGGCAAGCCCAUGUUCACCAAGGUGUGUACGGAGGGCAGGUUGAUUCUGGAGUUUGCCUUCGACGAUCUGAUGAGGAUCAAGACGUGGCACUUCAACAUCAGACAGUAUCGGGAACUCAUCCCACGGAGCAUUCUAGCCAUGCACGCACAAGACCCUCAAGUCCUGGAGCAGCUCUCGAAAAACAUCACCCGCAUGGGAUUGACCAACUUUACCCUCAACUACCUCAGGUUGUGUGUCAUUCUGGAGCCGAUGCAAGAGUUAAUGUCCCGACACAAGACCUACAACCUUAGCCCGAGAGACUGUCUAAAGACCUGUCUGUUCCAGAAGUGGCAAAGAAUGGUGGCCCCUCCAGCUGGACAUCCACAGAACUUCAAAACAGAAAUUUUCCCCUCAAAUCACAAAAAAGAGCCCACUCGACAGACCACGACCAAGAGAAGAAAGAGGAAGAACUCCGCCAGCAGUGCGUCUAACAGUAGCCUAGGCAACAGCGCUGGCGGCAAGAAACGUAGCCCUGCCAACAACUUCACUCUGGCCAGCCAGGUACCUGAUGUGAUGGUGGUAGGUGAGCCCACUCUGAUGGGCGGGGAGUUUGGCGAUGAGGACGAGCGUCUGAUCACGCGGCUAGAAAACACACAAUACGACGCCACCAACGGUCUGGACGAUGACGACGACUUCACGAGCUCGCCGGCGCUCGGCAACAACAGUCCCUGGAACAGCAAGCCACCCACAGGGCAGGACAGCAAGCCCGAGAGUACGGCCUCGCAGCCCUCUCAGUAGGAGACAACAUGCGCAGUGCCCAGUUAAACCACCAGGGCGGCGCACUCCCUCUCUCUGACCUCACUUUUUACCCUUGAUGAUGUUAAUCCCAUGUCAUGGUGUUAAUGAUGUCAUCCAUUUUCACCUGAAACUGAUGGUUCCUCUCCGUAUUUUGGGUAACAUUUAGGAACUUCACUGACCAAACUUUGGCAGCAAUAUUUGCUCACUGGAUUUUUUAAAAAUCAUCUAGCUAUAGGCUACAAAGCAGCGUAAGUAAUGUGACUCUUGGAGGAACUGGACUUUAUUAAGGCUGAAUGAGGUCUGAAUUAACAGAGACCUGAAUUUGGGACAACUUUGGCCCAAUAAUCAUUGUAAAAACAAAAACUACCGUCUGUCUCGAAGUUCAUCACAUAUCUCCAUAGUGACUUCGGUUGCCAACCACAUUCAACGUCAACCAAUGCUGGAGAGAUGGUCAUGUUGGCUGUCCUCUAAUUGAAGACUGGAACUGCAGAGGCAUCCACCGAGACCAAUCCCUGAACAUUUGCAUUUUUAUUGGAAAUUUGUUUGGCUAUUGUCUUCUUCCCUCUGCUUUCAAUUAAAAGUGAACCGCCUUGCAUUUCUUCAACACAACAGACUGUAUUAACAAAGACCGCUUGUAUAGAAGAGUCAGUUACCAUUUACAGAUUGUACUUUAAUUCAAAUAUUCCUAUUUGAUUUCAGAGUCAAUGUGUUAUUUUAUUAAUUUGUGACUAUUAUGUGUUCUCCUCGUACAUUUGGAGUUUUUUGACAGGCAGGCACAUAAAGAUUAUUUGUCCAUCUUCCGUCUAUUGACUUAAUUUCUAAAUGAACCAUGUUACGUUUCUGCAUGACAUUUUGAAAUCUGUAACAUGUUCAUUGCCAGACCAGUUAUCAGUUUGAAAGCACAGUAUCCAGGGUUUUAACUUCGACAAUAAAAAUGCGUUCUGCUUCAUCUGAUGUUGUGAAACCUUGAUGUAAACGACAGCUGUUUUGACAUUUACGAAUUAUUUGACUUUUUUAUAUAAUGGAUUUCAUACACAGGAAUGAACACCAUACUGAGAAAUGAGAAUGUUAAAUACAGAUUACUGUAAGUCCAGCCAUAAAUAUUCUGUUCAUUAGCUUUAAAUGAGUUUAAAUAACAUAUGGCAAGCUUUAUACAUAUCAUGCUUUUAAUAUGUAUGAAAACAGCCCUUUUAUCUGAAAAUCAUCAUUCCAGAAACUGCAAUGCCCUUUCAGCAAGUUAUGUGAUCACGUUUAUACAGCUUUAUGUAAUUUAUGUAGCUAGAUACAUGCACCUUUUCUCCAUAUACUGUACAUUGGAUUUGUAAGUCCCUUUAAAAGUUGCAUAGUGUGCUUUAAUGAUUAAAAGUAUUAUGAUGAUGACAAAGAGCCAAAUAUUUCUUUUUUAAUUAGUGUCUUUGUUUCUAUAACGUUAC